UCGCAAAACCCACCUGUUAUCGCACUGCAGUCGCAAAACCCACCUGUUAUCACACUGCAGUCACAAAACCCACCUGUUAUCACACUGCAGUCACAAAACCCACCUGUUAUCACACUGCAGUCGCAAAACCCACCUGUUAUCACACUGCAGUCGCAAAACCCACCUGUUGUCACACUGCAGUCGCAAAACCCACCUGUUGUCGCACUGCAGUCGCAAAACCCACCUGUUGUCACACUGCAGUCGCAAAACCCACCUGUUGUCACACUGCAGUCGCAAAACCCACCUGUUGUCACACUGCAGUCGCAAAACCCACCUGUUGUCACACUGCAGUCGCAAAACCCACCUGUUGUCACACUGCAGUCGCAAAACCCACCUGUUGUCACACUGCAGUCGCAAAACCCACCUGUUAUCACACUGCAGUCACAAAACCCACCUGUUAUCACACUGCAGUCACAAAACCCACCUGUUAUCACACAGCAGUCACGCAACCCACCUGUUAUCAAACUGCAGUCAUGCAAACCACUCGUUUUCACAUUGCAGUCACACAACCCACCUGUUAUCACACUGCAGUCACACAAUCCACCUGUUAUCACACUGCAGUCACACAACCCACCUGAUAUCACACUGCAGUCACACAACCCACCUGAUAUCAAACUGCAGUCAUGCAAAUCACUCGUUUUCACAUUGCAGUCACACAACCCACAGUCAUAG